AUGGACGAGGAUAAGGCGAAAGAAGAAGCCGAAGAUUGGAAAGUUUUUGAGGCACUGUGCAGUAAAAGUCCCACCGAGAUGGAUGCAGAUGUUGGUAAUGACGUAAUCACAGCUUUAAGAAGUGAUCUUGCUGCUCUACAAUAUAAACGGGAUAAAUUGUUAUCUGAAAAUAGUGAUUUAAAAAAUCAAAUGCUUUCCCGCGAUCAACGAAUAUUAGAACAACAGGUUGAAAUAGACCACCUUCGUGAACAAAAUGCACGACAAAAUGCUAUCAUAUCAUCCCUUAAAAAGAAACUACAAGAUUACGAAGAAAUACAGAGAAAUUUACAUGCAUCCCAAGGUAGAACUGAUCUUACUGUGCAAACUUUACAAAGAGACAAUCGCUACUGUGAAGAGAAAAUAAAAGACUUGGAAAAAAAAUUAAGAUCCCUUGAAUUGGAGUGCAAUAAUGAAGAGCAGCAGAAAGAAAAUGCACGUUGCCAAUUUCACGACCUGGUUCGUAGAUUAUCGUCCGCACUUGAUUUUGAUUUUUGUGACACUACACAUACACAUUCUCCUGAAACUUUGAUUAUAAAAGCCGCAGAACUUGUACAAGAAAUCACAAGAUUAAAGAAUAAGUGCAUGAACACAACAGAGAACUUAUCGAGCGUAGAACAGGAUUUAAGGAGUUGCAGAGAUGCUUUGGAAAGAUCAAACACGGACAAAGAUAUGCUACAACGACAGUUAUCUUCGCAUAUUUUAGAUAUCGAAAGGCUCAAACAAGAAAAGGAAUCAUUAACUGUGCAAAACAGAGUUAUAGAACGAGAACUUCUUGAAGCAAGAGACAAAUUAUCGCAUUGUUCCAAGAAUUUAAACGUUGUUACAGAUAACGUAAAUCAGAAUGAAUCUAUAAUAGUGCAACUAAAAGAGGAUUUGAGGCACCGUGAGGAAAAAUAUCAAAGACUCCAAACGGAAUUUCGAAAUACUAUGGAAUCGCUUGCAAUCUUGCUCAGUUUGCCUACUCGUUUUGUUGAGGCACAUGAGAGCACAAUAAAAGACAGAAUACGUGAAAUAUUAAGUGAAAAUAAAGACCGCACUGUGCAAUUAGAUGCACUUCGCGAUAAGUUAGGCUCUGAAUCCCAGCAGCUAAGCAGAACGGCACAUCUACAUGAUCAGGCUACGACAAGAGUGCGCAUACUUGAAGACGAGCGUAAUAUGCUCGAAGCCAAAGUGCACAAACUCGAGUCUGAACUCAAUGCCGUCGAACUUUCUCGAGACAGUUUGCGGAAGGACAAAGCUAACUUUGUAGCAUUCCUUGAGCGCCUGGGCAGAACGCUAAAUAUGGAUGAGUUGACCCAGGAUAUUGGCAUAGAGCUACACACCGAAUCCAUUAUCCACCGUGCAGAGCAACUGGCGAGGCUCGAGAGUGAUAAAAUUGUUGACAAGACUGCUGUCGUAUAUCAAUUGCAACGAAGAAUAAGAAUCCUUAGGGAGCAACUGCAGAGGAAAGACUUGCAUUUAGAUUUAUUGCGACGAAAGCUGAGCAUUCAGGAGGAAGGGUCCCGCGUUCGUGCUGUGCUGCAAGCAGAACGAGAUGAAGGAGUGACGCGCAGCAAGAAGCUGGCUCGGCAAUGCGACAAACUAGCUGUGCAGCUGAGCGACGCUCGCGCUCAGAUACGAGAUCUCAAUGCACAACUGGCAGAUGCAGCCGAGUACAAGAUAACAUCUCUGGAACGCGCACGCAAAGUCGAGGAUUUACAAAAGAAACUAGACGAGGCAGAUCUUUUACGGGCGCGAUAUAACCGCAAAGUGAAUGUACUAAAAGACCAAGUCAGAGCGACCGGUGAAACAUUUGAACAAGAACGCAAUACGACUGAACACCAGAUUUCAAUGCUGAGGGAUGACUUGGCUAGAACCAAAGAACUCCUUGCUGAAUGCCAGAGACGAGAAGCUCAGUUACUCAGCUUUAGGCAUUCCAUCGCUAAGCUCCUCGGAAUAUUGGUACCAGCUUCGGUAUCGGACUUCGAGAUGGUAUCCAGACUCCAAAAGUUGAUCGACGCUCAUCAUGAUUUCACUGUGGUGUCGCGAAGAUAUGAUGAUCCUGCACUACUGCGCGCUUCCUCCCGUUCACCACCGCCUUCCAGAUGCAGAACCAGAACGCCGGAAAGGUCAUUGCGCUACGAUGACUCUGGGUACGCAGACCCAGCGUUCGACCUCGACGAUGAAUUGUACAAAAGUCGCGCCGCCUUGUGA